CUGCAGCAACAAGCACAAUUUGAGGCAUCCCAACUCAGGCUGAUCGAAACUCUUACGCGCCAACUCUCAAUCCAGAACGGUUCACUGUCUACAAACGUCAAGCCGUCCGCAUCGGUAGACGCCAUCACUAACAGCAUUACCGAAUUUUCGUACGACCCCAAUGCUGGCCUAACUUUUGAAUCUUGGUUCAAGCGUUAUGAAGAUGUGUUCCGCGUUGAACUUGGAGACCAUGAUGACGAUUGGAAAGUCCGAUUGCUGUUAAGGAAACUUGGAACAGCAGAGCACUCCAGGUAUGUCAACUUUAUUUUGCCUAAGAACGCUCGAGACUGCACUUUUGAGGAGACUGUCAAAUGCUUGGGCCAAAUAUUUGGAGAGCAGUCAUCCAUCUUCAACACGCGAUAUCAAUGCCUGAAGAUCACCAAGGCAGACGCUGAUGACUACGUCACUUAUGCUGGCAUCGUCAAUCGCGAGUGUGAAAAAUUCGACAUCAAAUCCAUUACGGCAGAUCAAUUCAAAUGCCUGAUUUUUAUCUGUGGCCUACAUUCCCCACGGGAUGCAGAGAUUCGCACCAGGCUGCUGAGUAAACUUGAACAAGACCAGCAAAUGACUCUACAGACCAUAACUACUGAAUGCCAACGAUUGCUGAACCUCAAGCAUGACACUCUUAUGCUGGAGAAACAACAAUCCAUUCCAAAUCUUAGUGUAUUAAAGACAACCUCAAAGAAACCGCUUUCAAGUGAAACAGGCCAUGAAAAGCCCAGACAGAAUACCAAGCCGCCGACUGCCUGUUGGAGAUGUGGUGAGUGGCAUUUUGUUCGAGUGUGUCCAUUCCUGCAACACGUUUGCCACAAGUGUCAUAAACGGGGCCAUAAGGAAACGCACUGCCGAUGCAGACCGCAGUUCAAGCGUGCAAGACAUACGCGACCGCAUUCAACUGUUCCCAAAAGAUUCAGCAACUAUAGUACGGUUCAAGCGGCCUACUCUGAUGAACAUGUGGCUCGCAGAAAGUACGUCAGAGUUCACCUGAACGGGCAUCAAGUGCGUCUUCAGCUUGAUACAGCCUCGGACAUCACAAUUAUCUCCAGCAAAACUUGGCAAUAUAUUGGUGCUCCGUCAAUCAACCGAACGACACAUGUUGCACUUAACGCUUCAGGAGAUCAACUUAAUCUCAUUGGUGAGUUGCAGUGUGAAAUGGUUUUUGGCGCUGCUCGGGCAAACGGUGUCGUGUACAUUACGGGCCUGUCACAUUUGAAUCUUCUUGGACUCGACUGGAUCCAGAAGCUCCACCUGUUCGACAUCCCCCUGAGUCAAGUCUGCAAUACCCUCCGGCUCGGAUAUACGAGGCCCUCUUCAGAAGGUGACGGACCAAACAUCAACCUGAUCGAGCAGCUACGAAGGAAAUUCCCGGCUGUGUUUUGCAACGACUUGGGAAGAUGCACAAAGACCAAAGCAAGCCUUACUCUCAAAGACGGUGCCAAACCCGUAUUCCGACCCAAAAGACCGGUACCGUACGCUGCGCUGCCGAUUGUUGAUGCGGAACUUGAUCGUUUGGAGCGGGCAGGCGUCAUCCAACCUGUGAACUAUUCAGCGUGGGCAGCACCUAUUGUUGUCGUCAAGAAGACCAAUGGAGCCGUUCGUAUCUGUGCUGACUACUCUACGGGAUUGAAUGCUGCUUUGAAAAUGCACCAGUAUCCUUUGCCAGUCCCAGAAGAUUUAUUUGCUAAGCUCAGUGGUGGCGCUUACUUUGCAAAGCUAGAUUUAUCAGAUGCUUAUCUUCAAAUUGAAGUCGACGAUGCUUCAAAGGAAUUGCUGGCAAUCAAUACGCAUCGAGGUUUAUACCAGUUCAACCGUUUGCCGUUUGGUGUCAAAUCAGCUCCCGCGAUUUUCCAACAAAUUAUGGAUACGAUGUUAGCUGGGUUAUCAGGAGUCGCAGCUUACUUGGACGACAUCAUAAUCAAAGCGUCUACCUUCCGAGAGCUGACGGAAAGACUGGAAGCAGUUCUCCACCGCGUUAACGACUACGGUUUCCACUUGAAAGCAGAAAAGUGCAAUACCGGCAUGAAGUGUGUAAAGUAUCUUGGCUUCAUCAUCGACAAGGAUGGCCGUCGUCCGGAUCCUUCCAACAUAAGCGCCAUAAGACAGAUGCCUCCACCUGACAAUGUGGCGAAGCUCAGAUCAUUCUUGGGGUUGAUCAGUCAUUACAGCUCUUUUGUGCCCGAAAUGCAUCGGCUACGAGGACCACUCAAUGAACUUCUGGUAAAGGAUCGCAAAUUUGUGUGGUCUCCUGAAUGUCAAGCCGCAUUUGAUAAUGUCAAGUCUAUAUUGUGUUCUGACCUAUUGCUAACGCAUUUCAAUCCGGAGCUGGAGAUCGUAGUUGCUGCUGAUGCGUCAGACUACGGAAUUGGAGCAGUCAUAUCCCACAUUUUCCCCAAUGGUUCGGAGAAAGCUGUGGCGCAUGCGGCCAGAUCACUCACCCCAGCGGAACGUAACUAUGGACAAAUCGAGAAAGAAGCUUUAGCCAUAGUGUUUGCAGUCAAGCGAUUUCACAAAAUGCUCUACGGACGAAAAUUCACGCUGUUUACUGACCACAAACCCUUGGUCGCAAUCUUUGGAUCAAAGAAAGGCAUUCCGGUCUGCACGGCCAGUCGUCUCCAACGCUGGGCAACGGUUCUACUUGGUUACGAUUUCGUCGUCAAAUAUCAAUCUACACACAACAUUGGUCAAGCAGAUGCGUUAUCUCGUUUAAUUGGUACACAACAUCAAGAACCAGAGGAUUUGGUAGUUGCUCAAAUCUCCGUAGAACCCCAAGUACAGCAAGUUGUGUCUGAUAUUUUCGGUGCCUUACCAGUAACAUUCGAAAUGGUGCGGGAAGCGACCCAGCAUGAUUCUACCCUUCAACAAGUGAUUGAUUUCCACCUCAAUGGAUGGCCUAAGAGAGUUACAACGCCGGAGCUUCAACAAUUCCACCAACGGAAGGAAGCACUAUCGGUCGUCAGAAACUGCCUGCUGUUCUCAGAUCGCGUCGUCAUUCCACACAUCCUUCAAGAUAGAGUCCUCCGACAAUUUCAUACUGGCCACCCGGGAAUGAAUCGCAUGAAAUCCCUGGUACGAAGCUAUGUGUAUUGGCCCUAUAUGGAUUCCCAGAUCGAGAGUUUAACCAAGAAUUGUCCCCGAUGUGCUAGUGUAUCAAAACAACCAAGGAAGACGGAAUUGCAAUCCUGGCGAAUACCAACGGAACCAUGGUCAAGGGUACACAUCGACUUUGCAGGUCCAAUUGAUGGUCACCAUUUUCUCAUUGUUGUCGAUGCCCACAGUAAAUGGCCGGAGGUGAUUCCAAUGGUCAGAACCACAGCAGCAGCCACUGUCUCCGCUCUUCGACAGAUAUUUUCUCGUUUCGGUGUUCCCCACACGUUGGUUUCGGACAAUGGAACACAAUUUACCUCAUCUGAAUUUGUCGUCUUCUGUCGCAGAAACGCGAUCGUCCACGUAAGGUCUCCACCCUUCCACCCACAAUCGAACGGGCAAGCGGAACGAUUUGUGGAUACCCUCAAAAGAGCUUUGCUAAAGAUGAAGGGGGAAGGUACCUUGGAGGAGAUUCUUGACACAUUUCUGCUGACGUAUCGCACAACUCCGAAUCCGCAGACACCGAACGCCCUAUCUCCGGCUGAAACUUUGUUUCAAAGGAAAAUCCGUGUGCCGCAUGAUGCCCUCAGGCCCAGGAAGGAUCAGUUGCUGUCCCGCAACUAUCAGAUGGAGCGACAAUUCAACAUCCGACACGGUGCUCGGAAGCGAAGCUUUAAUGUUGGUCAACAAGUUCUGGCGAGAGACUAUCGCAUCCACUAUCCUAAAUGGGCUAUGGGCCAUGUACUAUACAAACGUGGUAACGUGAUAUACGGUAUCCAGGUUGGGACGGCAGUUUGGGUAAGACAUGCCAAUCAGCUGCUAGCGGCACGGACUGGGGAACAAGUGCAACAACAAGUACCAGCAACGCAGUUACCUCUGGACAUCCUGGCCGACGCCAGUGAAGCGACGACUCCCCCGCAUGCCCCAACACCGCAAGCACAAAAUUCACCCCGAAACCUAGCAGCACAGCGGCCGAAGCGGCGACGCAAAUUCGUAUCACCCAUGCAAGUCAACCCCAAGCUGAAAUCGUACAACACAACUCAAAGGGGGGAAGUGUUAGGAAGGAAUACACGAGUCGAACAAGCCAGGACCCCAUCGCCUCGGCCGGCUAUCCAAACCCAUCCGCCCUGAUUGGGGCGAACAGAGAGCCAACCAGGAGAAGCGGCCAAUGAACGCUAGGUUGAAGUUCUUUUAUUGGCUGUAAGUUAACCUUUCCAGAGCUUUCCACGGUCGCUUUAAAUAUAUUGUUCACGAACUUUCCAAUUUACCUUUAUAAUGAACGGUGUGAUUUGCUAAUUCAUUCCUGUUGCCCUGCUCGUCCGAUUCGUCUUCUCUCUGUCCUGUGGGGGGCCAGC